AAACUGAAAACCGAAACCGAAUGACCCAAAGAAUAUGAAAUCCCUGCAGUGAAGUCUCCCGUCAAUCGUCGCGGACCCUAAAUCUCGAAUCUGCUCGGCGCUGCGAUGUGGGUGGAGCCAAUGUCCCUCCUCCCUCGUCGGGGGUCGUUUGCUCGAACGGAGCCGAACCGCGUAAAGUUUGCUGCUGGGUGGGGGGGUGAGCUACACGAUUAGGCUCAUUGAUUAAACGUCUAUUUGUUGGGUUGUUUUAAAAAAAAAACUAUUCCUUUUUUGUUGUUUUUAAACCACGCGACGUUUAUUUAACUGGCGCGAGGAAAACCGAACGCAAGUCGGCCGAGUCUCCCUGCAGAGGACCCGGCGAAGGAUGGCGUGCGCGGUGGCCACCCCGGUACUGGAGCCAAGCGGGGACUUCCCGGCGUGGCUGGAGGCACAGGGCGUGAACGCGGAGGUGGCCCGGGCCAUGGACUCGGAGCUGGGCAUCCGGGACUACGGGGUCCUGCGUGCCUGCGUCGGAGACGGCCUCGUGCGGGCCGAGCUGCUGGCCGCGGCGCGCGACCGCCUGCCCUUCGGCUUCUACGCCGUGCUGCGGCAGGUGGUGAAGGCCCUGCAGGGCGCCGAGCCCCACGACGCUGGGACGGCGCGCUGGGACGACGCUUCCUCCCCUGGCGACGUGACGCUGGGAGGCCUGGUGGAGGUGCUGCUCGCGCUGUUCAGCGGCUUGAGCCGGGAGCUGCUGAUAACUGUGCGGAGGCUGGGAGCUAUGGACGGAACUGGUGUGUACAAUGAAGGUUCCUCUAUGCUCAGCACCGAAAUUGAGUCUCAGGACUUCAUGCCAGAGGAUGCGUUUCCUCCAGAAGAGAGGAACGAGUACUCAAGUCACGCACAUGGCGACAUGGAGUUUAAGAAUUCAGAGGCCGGAACAUCUGUGCUUGGAGACGAAGAGGAAGAUUGCGAGCGACCCGUGGGCGAGGGAGUGGAGGAGAGAUCGCCCCUGGAGGUCGCCUUGAGGCCUCCUGUCGCAUGGCGCGUCAUCAAAAUGGAGGCUUGCGACAAUAAGGACGCUAAGCGUUUGCCAGGCAAGAAAGAGGAGGAUCAAUCUGGGUUGAUCAUCGGAAAUGUAACGUCGCUCAAGGCCGUCGAACAACUCUACCCUCGGCCAGAAUUCUCGAGGAACGCGCAGUGGUCACAGCAGUUCCUCGCGUCCGGAGUAGCACGGGGCAUCGGUGGGAACAUUGGUGGGAACGUAGCACGAGGCCCCGUUGCUUUCUCCGUUGACGCAAACUCGAUGCGCCUACCCAGGCCGCCCAACGCAACGGGCUGCGUCUCGGAGCAGAGUUUGGCGAGCUGGCGGGCAAUCAUGCACUCCGCGGCGGCGGCGUCGGCGACGACCGUGCCGAACGGAGACAAGGGCCAGCACGGGCAGUACGUGUGCGAGCUGUGCCAGCGGCGUUUCGUGAGAAGUGACUACCUGCAGAAGCACAUGUACACGCACACGGGCGAGAAGCCAUACCAUUGCAAUGUGUGCGGCCGGGGCUUCUCCCAGCGCACCAACUGCCAGCGGCACCAGGGCCAGCAUUUAAAAGCGAAGUGGUGAGACCUGAGGGAGGAGGUGUUGGUUAUCGAGCCCUUGUCCCGGUUUCGCGUAUUGCCCUUGACUGUGAAGAGAGAAAAAGCGGAGGCACUGGCCCACCGAUUCUCACCUCGAAGAUUAUCAUGGCGGUUCGCCGAAUUGUGCGGCAUUUUGAGCACCAUUGGCAAUUUUUUGCAGAUUAUUUUUUUUCAUGCUGCUGAUCAGUUUGUUGAACAUUAACCACCUAGAUGUCAGUCUAUUGGCAGUUUCACCUGCCCAAUUGAUCGGCAAGUGAAGAGGCCAUGCAAAAGUUAGGGCUGAGGCAAGCAUGUAAGGGUAGCAGGCAUGCUUUGGAAUUGUCGGAUUUCUAUCUUCACAAUAGCUAAGCCUACUGAUUUCUGGCCCCGCCACAGCUGAUAUAAGUAUAUGGAUUCAGGUAUGUGUCUGCGAACUACUGGCCGCUGACGAGUUUAUUUUAUUAAAGCCUUACCGAGUCUCUUUUCUCUUGUUUCAGGAGGGUCCUGCCAAGUUUUUUCACACUAGGCUUAUGAUUGCUGUGCAUAAUCCCAAUUGAGUAAAUUGCAGAUAAUUGUUCAGAUUUGGAAAACUUGGACCGUGUACGACAUCCCUGGGAUUCUUUUAACGCUCCCCACUGCAACGUAACCAGCUCGUGUGUAUUUCCUUUCAUGGUUAAUACAUCCGCAGUAAUAACCAGGGUGGCCGCUUAUUUACAACGGUGAACUUCGGCGACAAGCGGCUGACGCUUUGCCGCUGGGCCAUGUCCACCGCCUGGCGGUGAGAGUGCCAGGUGAGAGCCUGGGGCAUCCUGGAGCUGGCGGACCUUCAGAAUCAGAAUCUUUAUUUAGGCUGGAGGAGGAAUCCGAUAAGCUAUGAAGCUCUAUUUUUUCAACGGAUGUCCAGUACGGGUCAGCCAGUUAAGACGGCA